AUGGACAGAAAUUGCAUUCUUCUCUUUGUUCUUGUAGUUUUCAUUCUACUCCAUCACCAUACUUCACUUGCUACUGUUCCUAACCUUAACACCGAUGAAGCUUCUCUUCUUGCUCUUAAACCACACAUUUCUUCUCAUCCUAACAACAUCUUAGAAAGCAACUGGUCUUCUUCAACCCCGGUUUGCAGCUGGAUCGGAAUCACUUGCAGCUCCCUCCACAAUCGAGUCACUGCUUUAGACAUUUCUAGCAUGCAACUUCAUGGUACCAUUCCUCCACACCUUGGAAACCUCUCAUUUCUUGUUUCCCUCAACAUAAGUUACAACGCUCUCCAUGGAUAUUUGCCAGUAGAGUUGGCUCAUUUGCAGAGGCUGAAAUUGAUUGAUGUCACAAGCAAUAACUUCACUGGAGCCAUUCCAUCAUUUUUAAGUUUGUUACUAAACCUACGCUUUGUGUACCUAUCGAGCAAUCAAUUUUCAGGGAAAAUUCCAUCCUCCCUUUCCAAUCUAACAAAACUGGAAGUCUUGAGAUUGAAGAUGAAUUUUCUCGAAGGAGAGAUUCCUCGAGAAAUCGGUGAUCUUCAUUAUAUGACUGACUUAGUCCUGGAACGUAAUCAUCUUAGUGGCUCUAUACCACCAUCAAUCUUUAACAUUACGACAAUGCAAUUCAUUGCUCUUACCGGUAACAAUCUUAGUGGUAAUCUUCCCACAACUAUAUGCGACCAUCUUCCAAACUUGAAAGGGCUUUACCUCUCAAUAAACUACCUGAGUGGCGUUAUUCCACCAAACAUACAAAAAUGCAGAAAGCUUCAAGUCUUGGCAUUGACUUACAAUGAGUUCAGUGGAAAUGUACCAAGAGAGCUAGCCAACUUAACAGAUCUUAUAGAAUUACAUUUUGCAUUCCUGCAUUUAGAAGGAGAGAUACCAGUGGAGCUCGGUAAUCUUCAAAAACUACAGCAUCUGACAUUAGCGCAGAACGAGUUAACUGGUUCUGUUCCUGCAAGCAUUUUCAACAUGUCAGCACUGAAGGGUCUAGCACUUGCAAUAAAUAAGCUUUCAGGUACUCUACCUUCAGAUUUAGGUCGCGGAAUGCCCAAUAUAGAAGAACUUUAUUGUGGAGAAAAUUAUCUUAGUGGUUUUGUCUCUGCUUCAAUCUCAAAUUCUUCGAAACUCAGAAAUCUUGAUCUCUCACACAACAAUUUUUUCACGGCUCCAAUUCCUGAAUCACUCGGUAACUUAGAAUACCUUGAGGAUCUAAACUUGGAAAAUAACAAUUUUUUCAGUGAUUCAAAAUUUAGCUUCCUUAAAUCAUUGACAAACUGUAGGAAUCUAAGACUACUUUGGUUAGGUAAUAAUCCAUUGGAUGGUGUUUUGCCUGCAUCUAUUGGUAAUUUCUCCAACUCCUUGCAAAGUUUUGAAGCACAAGGCUGUAAACUGAGUGGUGUCAUUCCGAAAGAAAUUAGUAAUCUUACUGGAGUGACAACGAUUAGUCUAUUUAACAAUGAGUUGACUGGAUAUAUUCCAGAAACUUUCCAAAGCAUGUUGAAACUUCAAGAACUGUACCUAAAAAACAACAUGAUAGAAGGAAUCAUACCAGAUGUUAUCUGCCAUCUAACGAAUCUUGGUGCAUUAGACUUGUCAGGAAAUCAAUUUUCUGGUUCAGUGCCCUCAUGCUUAGGAAACGUUACCAGUUUGAGGAAACUUAAUCUAGCUUACAACAGGCUGAAUUCUAGAUUAACGGCAAAUUUGGGGAGCCUUCAAGACCUCAUAGAAUUCAAUGUUUCAUCCAAUUCAUUAAGUGGUCCGAUUCCUCUGGAGUUGGGAAAUUUAAAGGCAGUGACACUCAUUGAUUUGUCAAAAAAUGAAUUUUCUGGUAAAAUUCCUAGCACUUUAGGCGGUCUAGCUGAAUUGAUAAAUCUUUCUCUAGCACAUAAUAGGUUAGAUGGGCCUCUUCCAGAUUCAUUUGGCAAAAUGUUGUCACUGGAAUACUUGGAUUUGUCCUAUAACAGUCUUAGUGGUGAAAUUCCAAAGUCAUUAGAAGCUCUUCUGUAUCUCAACUACAUGAAUUUCUCGUUCAAUAAGCUCAGUGGAGAAAUUCCCAUUGGUGGUCCUUUUGCAAAUGUCACUAGUCAAUCUUUCUUGUCCAAUGAUGCACUCUGUGGUGACUAUCGGUUUAACGUAAAACCAUGUCAAACCAAAUCUACAAAGAAGUCAAGAAGAAAAAGAGUGCUUAUAGGUUUAUACACAUUGUUAGGGAUGGGAUCACUCCUUGUGUUGGUAGUUGGAUAUGUGGUGUUAAGAUUGAGAAAGACAAAGAAGAAUGCAAGUCAAGCAGAUGUGUCUCUGGUGAAAGAACAUGAAAGAAUUUCCUAUUAUGAACUUGAACAAGCAACAGAAGGAUUCGACGAAAGCAACUUGCUUGGUACAGGGAGUUUUAGCGUGGUCUACAAAGGGAUACUUAAGGAUGGUACUCUUUUGGCAGCAAAGGUAUUCAAUGUGCAAUUGGAGGGUGCAUUCAAAAGUUUCGACACGGAAUGUGAGAUACUCCGGAACCUUCGCCACAGAAAUCUGACCAAAGUCAUUACAAGCUGUGCCAACCUUGAUUUCAAGGCCCCGGUGUUGGAAUACAUGCCCAAUGGGACACUUGAUAAAUGGUUAUACUCUCACAACUUGUUCUUGAACUUAUUACAGAGACUGGAUAUAAUGAUAGAUAUUGCAUCUGCAAUGAACUAUCUCCACAAUGGCUACUCAACGCCUGUGGUGCAUUGUGACUUGAAGCCAAGUAAUGUCUUGCUAGAUCAGGAAAUGGUUGGUCAUGUCAGUGAUUUUGGCAUUGCGAAAUUGCUAGGUGAAGGGGAGGCUUUUGUUCAAACAAGGACAAUUGCAACCAUUGGAUAUAUUGCUCCAGAGUAUGGACAAGAUGGAAUAGUAUCCAUGAGCUGUGAUGUUUAUAGUUUUGGCAUCCUGAUGAUGGAGACGUUCACAAGAAAGAGGCCAAGUGAUGAAAUGUUUACCGAAGAAUUGAGCAUACAACGUAGGGUUAGUAAUUCCUUCCCAAGUGGAAUUCAUAAGGUGGUGGAUUACCAUUUGGUACAGCCAGGGGAUGACCAUAUUGAUGCAAAGAUGCAAUGUUUGUUAUCUAUCAUGGAAUUAGCUUUGAGCUGUACUUUAGUGACACCUGAUGCAAGAAUUGGCAUGAAAGAUGCUCUUUCAAAACUGAAAAAGAUUAGGCUACAGAUUGUCAAUAGUCUGCACUAG